UCUUGCUGUUUGCAUAGCUCAUACGCCACCUACUGCAAAACUGAGCUGACAGCUCAUGCAAUGCUGGCAGCAUUCUCAUUCCAUCAUCGUGGCAGAGCUGAAUACGGCUCUUUUUUAUUUUUCUUUGAAACCAAACAAGAGCAAGGCCAGAUAGCUAUCGUAACACGCUGUUACUCAGAAUGGAACGCAGAAUCAACAGAAGGGAGAAAGAAUCUGAUGACAAAUGCCACGAUUUGGAAGACGGAGAGCAAAGCACAAACUGCAAGAAUGCUCUUGUUACCCUCAAUGUGGGUGGAUAUCUGUACAUCACACAAAAACAGACGUUAUCCAGGUACCCAGACUCUUACCUGGAAGGUAUAGUGAACAAGAAAAUCUUCUGCCCCAUUGAUGCAGAUGGGCAUUACUUCAUUGACAGAGAUGGUCUCUUGUUUAGGCAUGUUUUAAACUUUCUACGAAAUGGAGAACUCUUGCUACCCGAGGGUUUCCAAGAAAACAACCUCUUGGCACAAGAAGCGGAUUUCUUCAAGCUUAAGGCACUAAAUGAAGCCGUCAAAGCACGGUGGGAAAAGGAGCAGCAGGCAGCCAGAGAGACCACUUUCUUAGAGAUAACAGAUAAUCAUGACCGUUCACAGGGUCUUCGAAUCUUCUGCAAUGCUCCAGACUUCAUAGCAAAAAUAAAGGCUCGCAUUGUGCUGGUUUCUAAAAGCAGGCUGGAUGGGUUUCCGGAGGAGUUCUGCAUUUCCUCAAACGUUAUUCAAUUUAAAUAUUUCAUCAAAUCGGAAAAUGGGACGAGGCUUGUGCUUAAGGAGGACAACACCUUUGUCUGCACCCUGGAAACUCUUAAGUUUGAAGCCAUUAUGAUGGCAUUAAAGUGUGGAUUUAGACUGCUGACAAGCCUUGAUUGUACGAAAGGGUCUAUCGUUCAGAGCGAUGCACUUCAUUUUAUCAAGUAAUUACUUCUAUUACUAAACAAAAGGAGUAGAGCAUGCAGCCUAAUCUCAUUAAUCUGUGGCAACUCGGCAUAACACAAUGUACCCAACUAGCAAACAAGCAAGGAGGUCUACCGCUAAUGAAUACAUGUGAGUCGACUUUAUGCACAAUUCACCUAAUAAUGACAUUCAGAGUCUGACUUAGUCAUGCUGUUUCCAAUCUUCGUUUUUUUCUUUAGAAGACUACAUGAACAAAACAUGGCUACUGUAAAUAAAGGACUUGUGCUGCUAUUACAUUCAAUAUUUGUCCUUCAGUGCUGUCACUCGAUCAUACAAUCACAAUUAAAUGUUUUAUGCACUUGUGGGAGUAACAGCCGUACACAUUUAUUAUUCAGUUUCACUGAACAGUUCUAAGCAGCGCUACAUGAAUAGCCAACAUUUCAACAUGCUUUUUAAACAAAAUGCAAAA